AUGUCUUUAGUAGCCUACGACAGCAGUGAUGAGAGUGAUUCGGAGGAAACCUCAGCCUCUGUCGUCCCCGAGGGCAAACCGAGUGGAGGGCUCUUUUCUCUCCUGCCAGCCCCUAAAAAAGAAACCUCGACUACACAAGCGAACGAAGGACCAAGCAAGGAGGCGAAACCAGACCUUUCAUCAAGGGACAGUUCGUCAAACGAUGACCCAGAUACCCAGCCGUCUAAAGGAGGAUUACUUUUCAAUCUGCCUAAGCCGAAGAAGCGAACUGAGCCUGUCAAAAUUGUUGUACCACAGAUACAAAGACAGGAUUCAGACUCGGAUGAGGAUGAUGAGCCUGCAAAGAAGAAAUUACAAACUCAGGGCCAAGGUACAGGCCUGUCCUCCCUUCUGCCACAGCCCAAAAACCUGACUGUGAAGGAGACCCAGAGACCCUUGAUUCCUCACACGCUCACCAAGCGCCCGGAGCCUAAAGGGCCCAAACCUGGAACUCCUGCCCAGGGACUGCUUGGCUCGAGCGCGUCCCCCUCUGCUAUCAAAGCUGCAGCAAAGUCCGCCGCUCUGCAGCUGGCCCGGCAAAUAGCCACAGACGACCAGGACGCUGAGGAGGAUGUGGCCCCAGAGAACUACUUUUCCUUAGGCGAGAGCUCCCAGCCACUCCCUGCUGUGGUCCCUAGCCUAGACCCUGAACCGGGGGCCCCCUCGGAUCUCCUUUCUUUUGUACCUGGUGACGAGAGCGGCCAGUCGGAUGCCCCUCUUGACUUUGGGUCGAACCAUGAGGGAGUUAGCACAUGGGGAGUUCAGAAUCCUCAGUACCAGCAGCCCAUAGCAGGUCCAGAGGCUUUCCCUCAGGGAUACUAUAAUGAGCCAUACUACCAAGAUCCUAACCCUGCUUUGGCGGAAGCUGAAGAGCCCGGCCCCUCUGCCAUGUUUGAUGAUGAAGCGUUCAUGCGGCUGCAGGGGAAAAGGAACAGAGGCAAAGAGGAGGUGAAGUUUCUGGAGAUCAAAGGGGAUGACCAGCUGAUCGGCAGCCAGCAGUGGAUGACCAAGAGCAUGUCGGAGGAGAAACAGGAGCGCCAGUCCUUCAGCAAGAAAAAAGGAGACCAGCCUACAGGACAACAGCGACGCAAGCACCAGAUCACAUAUCUCAUUCACCAGGCAAAGGAACGUGAGCUGGAACUGAAGAACAGCUGGGCAGAAAACAAGCUAACCCGUCGGCAGACCCAGGCCAAAUAUGGCUUCUAAAUGUCGUAAUGUGGACACUUGGUGGCAUGCAGAAACCCUACGUCAGAAAUUAGAGUAGAGCUUUCCAUAGAGGGGGCGUUCUGUUGUUUGGGAAGAGGUUAUGCGUACUUAAUACUGACAUUACCUUUGCUCCUCUAUUUUUGCCGGUCCUCCAUCCCGUCUUUGUGUUUGACUUAAUAUCCGGUAGUUCAUCUGGUGGACUGUUGGAUAAAGUGUUGCUCCUGUACUGAAAUCCAGGGUCUAAGCCAUACACUGUCCUUUCUCAAAUAGCUUCCUCAAAGAUGUAAUUUCAUUCAUUUUCUAAAAUGAUGUGAUUCCUGCUUAACAAUGUAAACAUUUUUAAGGUACCUAUGGCCAGUCAGUGGUGCUGAUGAUGUGAUGGACCCUUUAAUGGUCAUUAGAAAUAUCUCUCUUUUUAAGGUGUAUUCAUUUCACUCAUGUGCUAGGGAACGCUGCAGUACAGUUCUUUUUUUGUCCCCCACAGAUGGCCCUCUGCCUUGAGAAUAGUCUGAAAGUUUGUUUCUCUGGUAAUAACAAACACGCACACACACUGAACUAAAAUAUCGCCUCAGCAAAUGAGAAAUGAAUGGAAGUCAUGGGAUGGUUAUGAAAUGUUGCGUAAUUGUCAACUUUUUAGUGCCAAAUAAAGGUUUCUCUUUUGACUCCCAUUCAUUUACAUGCAUCAUUUGAGGUGACUAUCACUGUUCAAGUUUCAGCUCGUUUUUCAACUACACUUCUGACUCAGGUCAGACAAAAAUCUAAUUAUCCCAUGAAACAGGAACUGUACGUCAUCGUUUCCUAGCAGCAUGUUAUAGGUUCUGUGGUGGUCUCACAAAAUCCCUACGAUAGUUUUUUUAACUCUCUGUCUUACAGGAGGAUGAUUAACAGCAAGGAUCUCCUAGUGGUGUUUAACACCUGCAGAUUCUUCAGAUAGAGGAUGCAUUUUUGUCAAGUUGAAAUCUUACUAUGCCUGAUAGCUGAGAGCAUGAUGUAACAAUAUUUCUUCCUGCUGCACCUAUUUUUGGAAGUACUUUCCUCUAGUAAACCAGGACUUUGUGUAUGUGUGACUGUCCGCCGACAGUGGGUGGGAGUGUUUCCAGUAUCUUGAAAAGACUGUUACGUGGGGAAAAUUGUUCAUUCUCUCCAGCUAUGGAGAAUAUUGUAGGUCUCUGAUUUCUCCUUUAGAGGGAGUGUGGUUGUAAUAUUUCACCUUGUCUCAUGCUUUCCUCUCCUGCUCACCAGGCUUUUUAAACAGCCUGGUCAUUGAGGCACUGGCACGUAUUUAAGCCCAACCAUGUUUUCCUUGUCCUUUGUUGAAGUAUGAUGCGUAGAUUUCCAGGCAGGCAUUGAAAUUAGGAAAAACAAGGGAGCGAUCUAAAUUUAUAAGCCGGACUUCACCCAUUUGUCAUAGUUUAUACACAUCUUUCCAUUUAGUUGACUUAAUGAGUGAUUCAGCAUCCAAGCAUUGGGGUAGUGUACCAGCUACAAACCUCUGCUGUUCUGCCACAAUAUCUUAAAAGUUUUUUUUUUUUGCAUACAGAUUCAAACUAGCCACAAGCCACUGCUCAAGCAAUCCUGUGAAGCUCAAGGUGUGGAAGUGAGGAUCCUCAGUCUGGAUGCCCAGUUAAUCAUCCAAAAAGUCUACAUCACACAGGGAUGUACGACCCAAUCUGCCCCAUAAAGAUGCAAGAGACUGCAUCACGUUUGGCAGAGAAUCUCAAAGGAAGGUAUCAGCAGCCCCCUUGAUAUGGUUGGGUCAGAUUUCACAGUUCUUGUACGUAAGGGCUAUGUGACCACAAGUGACACUGAAUUAUGUGUCUGUGUGUGUCGUGCACUCGUCACACAACACACACACAGACACACCUGGCUCUGGUUGUAACAUCUGGAUAUAUUUCAAGACAAAAUACACCUCAAAGCAUAUUGCUGACAGCCUGGAUUCAUACCUUCACACACGUCUGUGACAGGAAUAUAGUACAUAUUGAGGUCAAACCAGUUUUACUGCCCAAAAAAAACAUUUUCAGAUGACAGUGUACAUGGUACAGUAGGUGUGCAAAUGAAGGCAGGUUUCUUUUUGGGAGCGCCAACCUUUUUUUCUUGCAACUUUUCCUCAAUUCCCCAUAAACAAGACAAGGUGAAUUUGUAUAGUCUUGGUGAAAAUCCUUUGUAGUAAGCAAUCCUCCUCGAUGAAAUAUCAGAUACAAUCACUCCUUGGCGAGGCUACAUGUACCAACACUGACCUGACGGAGGAUUUGAUGGUCGUAUUUGGGGUUGGCAUACUUUUAAUCAGCGUGCCAGCUAAAUGUGAAACUGUAUUAAAACACUCUGAUAUUACAUUUUCAGUGACUUGCAUAUCUGAUGGCAAUACUGGGAAAGAUCUUUUUGUUUCCCCUAUAUUUUGUGUGUGUUGUGCAGUUAAAAUUAAAUACGUUUUUUUUUUCCUUUC